AUGGGUAUAUGUCUGCCCGAAGCUACUGUAGAUACUACACACACUCAAAGUAACUUUUUCCUGCAUAAACCGCAUUGGGACUCACUACCUGCCACACACGCAACUGGAGGAGGAGAAUCCAUCACCGUGACGACGACACCGGUUACUGGUUCUAUCCAUUGUCCCACCAAGAGCUCAUUUACUUUCUACUACCAAAAUGUGAGAGGGCUUCGCACGAAUAUCGAAGACUUGUUUUUAGCUACCACAAGCGCGGAUUACGAUAUAAUCGUGCUUACUGAAACCUGGUUAAACGAUGAAAUUAACUCCGUUCAACUGUUUGGUGACACCUAUGCUGUCUAUCGAAAUGAUCGUGAUGCCGUUGCCACAAGAAGAAAGCGAGGUGGUGGCGUGCUAAUAGCAGUAUCUACGAAACUUCGCUCCUCUAGGUCCUCGUCUCGAGUCGAUAAUAGUAUUGAACAUCUCUGGGUGAAUGUUUACGGUUCCGAUAACACGAUUGCUGUUGGAGUGGUGUAUAUUGCUCCUGACUUUGCAACUGAUGCCACACUUAUUGAAAAACACAUAGAAUCUGCUACCAACAUUUCGAACUCGUUAAGGCCAUGUGAUUAUCAUCUGCUUUUUGGGGAUUACAAUCAACCAAACCUAGUGUGGACGAGCUCUCCUUCAGAUUUUUUAUAUGCUGACCCUUCUGAAUCGAGAUUUUCGGUGUCAGGUUCUGCUCUUGUCGAUGGCAUGGCUUUGCUGAACAUGAAACAGAUCAACGAUAUCAGAAACAUCAGAGAUCGCACAUGGGAUCUUAUUUUUAUCAACGCUGAAAUCGCCUCAGAGUGUAUCGUGUCAGAGGCAGUCGAGCCCCUGCUCCAGACUGAUGCGUUUCAUCCAGCUCUUGUUUGCAAUUUGAACUGCUCUCACACUAUUAACUACAAUGAUAUUACUAAUGACAUGAAGUUCGACUUUCGCAAAGCUGAUUUUGUCUUACUUGAUAGCGCUAUUGCAAGCCUCAACUGGUCCCGAUUAUUAGAGAGUGAUAUCGAUAAAGCCGUUGAAACCUACACUAGCCAGCUGGCUCAACUUUUCCGCCAAUAUGUGCCUCUGUCACGCCCUCGGAGGAAACCACCUUGGUCAAAUGGUCAACUUCGCGAACUGAAACGCCUACGAGCAGCUGCAUUGAGAAGAUAUACCAACUGUCGCAGUCUUUUCGAGAAGCACCACUUUUCCGGUGUAUUCAGUGCUGAACCCGCUAACGAACAGUCCAUCAACCUGGCGUUGGGAUCAGUACCUCGCGAUGUUAUUGACAUAACAACCUUCUUGUUCACCGUAGAAGAGGUUCGCACAGCAAUUCGAAAAAUAAAAUCGUCUGUUGUAGCUGGGCCCGAUGGUAUACCAUCCAUUGUACUGAAGCUCUGUGCUGAAUCUAUUGCAACUCCGCUGACUAUUAUUUUCAACGCGUCACUAUCACAGGCGAAAUUCCCGGAGAUGUGGAAACAAUCAUUUAUGUUCCCUAUUCAUAAAAAAGGAGACAAGCGUGAUGUCGGCACUUACCGAGGGAUAACAUCAUUAUGCACUGGGUCUAAGCUUUUUGAAAUUUUAGUUGGAGAUGUUCUAUUUGCUGCAAUCCGUUCAUAUAUUUCACCUGCUCAACAUGGUUUCUUCAAGGGACGGUCAAUUGACACUAACCUCGCAGAAUUCUCAUCACUUUGUAUCAAGGCAAUGGAGGACGGAAAUCAAAUUGAUACAAUCUACACAGAUCUUAAGGCUGCCUUCGAUCGUGUUGACCAUCAAUUGUUGCUAACUAAAAUUGAGCGUUGA